GGCGGCAGUGAUGUGAGAACGGACAAAGAAUAAAACGAAGAAGAAGAAGGAGGUAGAAGCGGAAGCAGGAGAAGUAUUUGUUGUUUGGCUAUUUGGUCCUUUUAAACACAUUUGUUUCUACAGAUUUAACAGCACCGAUCAGCUGAUUAAACUCAAAUAAAAUGACUCGACACGGAAAAAACUGCACUGCUGGAGCUGUGUACACCUACCACGAGAAGAAGAAAGACACAGCGUCAUCUGGUUAUGGCACUCAGAGCAUCAGACUGGGAAAAGAUGCCAUUAAAGACUUUGACUGCUGCUGUCUGUCUCUGCAGCCCUGCAAGGACCCUGUGCUGACUCAGGAUGGAUUCUUGUACGAGAAGCAGGCGAUCCUUGAGUACAUCCUGCACCAGAAGACAGAAAUCGCCAAGAAGAUGAAGGCGUAUGAGAAGCAGAAAAAGGCUCAGAAGAGCAGCAGUCAGCUGGAGUCAAAGUCAGAGGAGAGAGAGAGGAUGGAGAGGUUCAAGAGCAGAGAGAACAGCAUCGUGUCCAAACCCAUCAACCCCUUCACAUCAGGACAGACCUCCGGAGGUGAGAAGAGCCAGACAGACUCUGCCUCCGCAUCCUCAUCUUCAUCAGCGCCCUCUACCUCCUCCUCCUCCUCCGCCUCCACCUCCUCCUCCUCCUCCUCCUCCUUAUCCAGUCUGCCCAGUUUCUGGGUCCCCUGUCUGACUCCAGUGGCCAAACCCACCCAGCUCAAGAAACCAAGUAAAGUGGUGCUGUGUCCGAUGUCAGGGCGACCUUUAAAGAUGAACGAGCUGAUUACAGUCAGAUUCACUCGGCUGGACCCCAGCCUGGAACGAGUCGCUCUGCUCACACGACAGGACAGGUAUGUGUGCGCAGUAACCAGAGAUGUGCUGGGUAACAGUGUCCCCUGUGCUGUCCUCAGAAACUCGGGAUGCGUGGUGACUCUGGAGUGUGUUGAGAAGCUGAUAAAGAAGGACAUGAUCGAUCCUGUGAGCGGAGACAAGAUGAGUGAGAGAGACAUCGUUCCUCUGCAGAGGGGUGGAACCGGCUUCGCUGCAUCUGGAGUUGACCUCAGCGCUAAAGAGGCUCGUCCUGUGAUGAUGGUCUGAGAGGAUCUUAUUCAUGUCCUCCAUUACAGUUCCUCUCAGGACUCUGAGAGGAGGGGUUUAUUUUUGUUUGAAACUUGCUGACUUAAUGUUUUUUUGUUUUUUUUUUGCCUGAUGAUUUCUCCUUUUAGGUAACAUUUUUGUUGGUGUCAGUGUAAAAUACAUUUUACCUUUAAAACUCGUAUUGUCUUCUUUGUCUGUAAAAGACAGAACACAAGUACAGAACACAACAUUGUGCUGUGUCAGUAUUUUGCUCACAGCCUUCCUUCCCUUUGUACGGUGGCCCUGAAGGGAAAAACAACAUUUCAGAAAACACGACAUUAAAGAAAACAUGAUGACAUUUCAUGAAAUGAAGACGUUGCAGAAAACAUGACAACAUUAAAGAAAACACGACAACAUUUCAUGAAACAAGAAGACGUUGCAGAAAACACAACAGCAUUUCAGGAAACACGACAACAUUAAAGAAAACAGGACAACAUUAAAGAAAACACGACAACAUUUCAUGAAAUGAAGACGUUGCAGAAAACACGACAACAUUAAAGAAAAACACGACAACAUUAAAGAAAAACACGACAACAUU